AUGGGCCUGCAUAGAGAGGGAGGGAAAGGGAAUGGAAGGGGAGAGAAGAGAAGGGAAGAGAAGAGAAGAGAAGAGAAGAGAAGAGAAGAGAAGAGAAGAGAAGAGAAGAGAAGAGAAGAGAAGAGAAGAGAAGAGAAGGGAUUGAUCUUAGUAGACUCCAACUCCCAGUUUUUGCCAGGAUUUCAAAUACAAGUUCCAAGGAAGGUGAUAGUCCAGGCGGGACUCUGUGUGCACAUCCCCUGCACCUUCACUAUUCCAUCAGUAUAUAAGUUGUCCAGGAAUGCCAAAGGAAUCUGGCACAAAGCCGACACAGCAAAACAGAAUUUAUUCACUUUUAAGGAUGAUUUUGCAAAUGAGAAAUUCAUUGUUACUGGAGCAGUAUGGGAAGGAGAUUGCUCUCUGAGGAUCAAUGACGCAAGAUCAGAAGAUUCUGAUCAUUAUAUUUUCAGAUUUGUAGACAUAGCCACUCAAUAUUCUUUCCUUGAGGGCAAGCUCUACGUGGAGGUGGUAGAGUUAACAGAUAUACCAGAGAUCUCUCCAGCGAAGCGGUUUGCUGCUGGUGAGAAGGUGAUGUUGACCUGUACAAGUCCUGGAAGAUGUUCUGGGAAAUCUCCACAGAUCACAUGGGAAGGAGACAUAAACAGGAGAAACAUCCAAAGUUAUACAGUAAACCAUGAAGACGGUUCCAGGACCUAUCAUUCCAAUAUCACAUUUAUCCCAACCAUUGAAGAUGACCAAUCAUCACUGACAUGUAAAGUGACUUUUGUAGACAGCGGGACCUCCAGCAAUAGCAUCUUUCUGAGUGUGGAAGAUAAUCCCUCCAUAGUUUUACCUGCUUCAGAUUGCGGGAAUGUGGAUUCUAAAAUCAUUGCUGGGAUUGUAGCUGGUAACGUCAUUAUCCUGAUCCUGAUUUCGCUGGGACUCUUCUGUUUUCUCAAGAGAUACAUGGAGAAAAGACCAUUAGCUGAAAAGCUAUCGGAAUGUACAGAACAGACAGAAGGAGGAAAGGGAGGAAGACAGACACUGAUGAACUGUACAACAGACCAACAUCUUUUGAUUACAGACAGUGAAUGGAGAGAACAUUUGUAA